AUGGCCUCUGGAAUUGGAGGUACAGAUGAAUCUGAGCCGCCAUGUAAUGUUCUGAACACAAGUAGUGAAGAAAGGCUAAGCUUUAUUAACGGAGAACCACAAGCUCCUCCCAAUUGGGAUGAAGGUACUAACAGCUUCUCAAACCCUCGUCCUGGCAUUUCUCACACCUGCAACCUCUCUGCAUCCUGGUAUCAUCCUGAGAGUUCCAGUCCUCUCACUCAGCAUCCUCCCAGGGCCAUCUUGGUGACACAGCCUGAAAAUGCUGGGCACUUUGCCUUCUGCUGCUUCCCAGAAACAGAUGCUCAGGCACCUCCAGCUCUGGGAAUCCGUGUUCACGUGGCUUCCGGAACAGCUCUUUGUCUGCUGCUGGACUUUGGGGACAAUUGUGGAGCUCAGAUGAGACUGUGUACAUUGACAGGUGCAGCUACUGUAACUGGCUACCAUCAGUACAGGAAAGGCAUAUUCUAUUUAUUAAUCCAUGUGCAGAUCUCUUUUGAGUCCUACCGUGAGAAGCAAUAUUUGAAUUCUUUUUUAAAUCUCAUUUAUAGUAUCAGUUCACAGAUUAGUCAUCCUAUUAUGACUGUCCUGGAGGUGUUAACUCCUACAUCUGUUAAAAAACACAUCAUAUGUCCAUUUUGACUUUUUUUUCCAGAAGGAGUCUAUAAGCUCAAGGCUGUUGUCCAUGACUUUCAUAGAGCCGAGGAACUGGGGCCCUAUUAUAUGGACGUUGGUCAUGGGAAUGUGUCUGUCUUCAUGAAUUCCAGCUCUAUCCAUGAUAGUGAAGCUCUUUCCUUUACUGACUCCCUCCCACAGCAGAGAGGCACAGUCGUGGUGCAUUGUUUUUCAUCCAUUUCUUCAUACAAUGUGUCCUUUAUUUCUCAGACCCAAGUGGCCAGCAGCCAGGCCUGGUGUGGUGUGACUGUCGGGUAUAAGAUGCAAUCCGUGUCUGUCUAUACCAAUGGAACUGUGUUUGCUGCAGACACAAACAUCACAUUUGUGGCUAUUACCGAGGAAACUAUACCCCUGGAGUUCGCUUGGUAUUUUGGAGAAAACCCACCAGUGAUGACAACUUCCAGAAGCAUUAGAAGAAGGCUGAGCAUCCCUCAGUGGUACCAUGUGAAGGUCAAGGCCACCAGCAGGAUUGGCAGUGUGGUCUCUGAACCCCACCUCAUCAGGGUGCAGAAGAGAAUCAUGGCCAAUCGGCUCGUGUCUACUGCCUCAGCCCUGGUAAAUGCCAAUGUGUCCUUUGAGUGCAGGCUCAACUUUGGCACUGAUGUAGCCUACCUUUGGAACUUUGGAGAUGACACCAUUGAGUUGGGCAGCAGCUCCUCCAGCCAUGUCUACAGCAGGGAGGGGGAGUUUACAGUUGAAGUCCUUGCCUUCAAUAAUGUCAGCUCCGCCACCCUAAGAAAGCAGCUUUUCAUCGUGCGGGAGCCUUGCCAGCCACCCCCAGUGAAGAACAUGGGGCCUGCGAAGGUGCAGAUAUGGAGAUCUCAGCCCCUGAGACUAGGAGUGACAUUUGAAGCUGCCAUCCUCUGUAACAUUUCCCAAGGGCUUUCCUACACCUGGAGCUUUGUGAGUGCUGAGAUGACCACUGUCACCCUCCCUGCUGCUGUCAACACCCGCAGACAGACCAUCAUGCUCCCAAGCUACACACUGGAGUGUGGGAACUACACCGCCAUCGCCAAGGUUCAGAUCAAGGGAAGCAUGGUGUAUAGCAACUACUGUGUUGGUGUAGAAGUUCGAGCUAGGGCACCUGUCAGCGUCAUCUCUGAAGGCACACACAUCUUCAUCUCCACGGCCACCUCAACCUUCAUCAUCCUCAGAGGGGCCCAGUCCUAUGACCCUGACAACCCAGGGGCUGCUCUCAGGUAUCACUGGACUUGCACAGCGGCCAGCUCACCAAGGUGGCCCUGCUUUGAUAACUCUACUUCAUACCAAGUGGACAUGCAAGCUCCUGCCAUUUCCUUCCCAGCAAAAUGGCUCAGUGAGUGCUGUGACCAGUUCCUUGUGACACUGACAGUCUCUAGCAGGGGACAGAACUCAUCACAGGCCUUGAUGUUCCUGUCUACCCGUCCUGACCUGGCCUUCAGAUUCGUCCACAUCUCAUGGGUCAACUUUAGAGACAUCUCUGUGAACUGGAAUGAAGAAGUGUCUCUCCUAGCUGUGUGUGAAGACUGUGGAGAUAUCCCAGACCUCACGUAUUCCUGGGACCUCUUCCUAGUCAAUGCAACAGAGAAGAGUGCAGUGGAAGAUAGGGCACAGAGAUACAUUGAUGAUAAGUCUACUCCAGUCAGGGGCAUUGUUGAGGAGUUAGGGACAGGAGUGUGGGGUGACCUAAACACAGAUAUGCCACCCAAAGGCCCACUGCAGCAUGGUACUGUGGGGCUGCUAGGUGCCUUGGCACUUGGGACCAGUCUGAAGUCAUCUAAGUCCGAUCUGCCAUCAAAUCUGAGAGCACCACUGACACCACACUCACCGGAGCCUUCACCCAUGCCCCUGGGCUGGACAGCUCUUUCCAACCUGGGAAGCAUUUCUGCUGAGUCCACAGCUGGUGGCCACCACGUUCCCGCUUCAGGGGCUGUGGCAGGCUCAGGGGAGCCUGUGGAGGAGUAUAGCUCACUGAGUUCCCUGGCUGAGGAAGCCCUGAUGACGAACAGCCCUGCGGGAAGCUGGCCCUCCCCCAGCUCUUCCACUGACUUUGAUGAUUUUGAAGCCUAUUAUACCGACAUCCAAGAAGCAGUGCUAUCCCUAGGAAGACGCCCACCAGGGACCAGUACAAACUUCCAGGAAGCAGGACCAAGCCUGAGUGCUGAGGAGAGUACCAGUUAUGGGGACAACCUGCUGGGCCCUUUCCUCCACACAGGUAGAGCAAAGCCAACUCUCAUGAUCGACUGGCCCAAGGCCCUGGUCAGCCAAGCUGUCUUCCAUGGCUACACCACAUCAGGUAUCAUGGGACCAGCUGUGACAAUAAAACCAUUCUCACUGAGCAGUGGUAAGACCUAUGUCUUACAAGCUUCUGUAGCUUCAAAGGAUGUCUUACUGGGCAAGGCUCAGCUCUACUUAAGGGUCAACCAAGCUCCGCAGGACAUGUCUUGUCAGGUGCGACCCCACCAUGGUAUGGAGGCAUAUACCAUCUUCAGUGUCUUCUGCAUGUCAGGGAAACCGGACUUUCAUUAUGAAUUUCGUUACCGGAUAGGAAACACUUCCUCACACACCCUGUACCGUGGACAAGACACCCAGCAUUAUUUUUUAUUGCCAGCUGGUGAUUCUUCAGACAAUUACAAAGUCAUUGUUUCAACUGAGAUCACAGAUGGCCAAGGCUCCAAGGUGCAGCCAUGCACUGUGACAGUGACUGUGCUACCCCGUUAUCAUGGAAAUGACUGCUGUGACAAGGACUUAUAUAACUCCACUCUGGAAAACCUGUCUACUCUCCAGCUGGCAGGAAGUUACAUGGAAAUCAGGAACUACAUUACCAUGAUCACUGAGAUCCUGAGCCGCUUGUAUAUGGAGAGCAGAAACACUUCUUUGUGUGGUCAGUGGUCACAAAUACAGGAUGUAUUAAUAUCUUCAGCAUGCAAAGUACCUUAUACAGAUCAGGUAAUGGCCCUGAACAUGAUUAAAUCGCUUGUUUCUUUCUCACAGAAGGUUGGCUUGACGAGUGCCAUGUGCAUCUUCAAAUACACCAAGAUGUUCCUUGCUCAAGGCCAGUUCUCCAGGAGGUUGCUUGCCGACAAAAAACUAAGAGUUGAAUUUGUCCUUCUCAUCUCUGGAGUCUGGGAAGCUGCCAAAGAGGAUGCGAGGGAUGGGAACUAUUUGCAGGAAGAAGGCAUGAAGAUCAUCUCUGACAUGUUACUAGCCUGUCUCUCAGACAAGCAUCAGAUUCACGUAAGCACUGGGCAGAUGGAGUUCCAGACCCUUCUCCAUCGUAGCCCUCAGAGCUCUAUCCAGAACCUAGGCUUCGUCCAGGUACAUGUCCCCAGCGACCUGGCCUCCUUGCACAGUACUACUCAAGAGGAAACACAAGGCUCAUGCUAUAUCAGUCAGCUCAUGUUCUUCAUGAAGAGUCCUUAUCUAGGGGGACAAGUUCCUGGGCAGGUGGGUGGUGUCAUGAUCCCUAGGCUCUAUAGCUGCAAGAGCAGAAGACCUAUCCUCAGAGGACAACUGGAGACACCUGUGACUAUGGAGUUUGGGGAAGAAGACUACCUGCACAAGAGAAAUCCAGCCAUGUUUGUGUUGCUUCGGGAUGAGGUGAAUGUCCACCGGUUUACUGGGCUUCCAGAAAACUCCCAGGAAUCUUUACAGAUACUCAUCAAAUUCUCUAAGCCCGUUACAAGACCCUUUCCCAUCAUACUGUUAGUAAGGUUCUCUGAGAAAGCCACGCCUUCUGAUUUUCUUGUGAAGCGGGUCUACUUCUGGGAUGAGCAGACUGUACAAAUGUAUGUACCUGCUGCUCCAUGGAAAGGAGCCAAUGUGGGAUAUUUAUCCCUAUUAGAUGCUGACUAUGACAGGAAACCUCCAAACAAAUAUCUUGCUGGGGCUGUAAACUAUACAGUGCACUUCCAGUUGAUCCAAUGUGUGUUCUGGGACAAGACAGAGUGGCGAUCUGAAUCCUAUCCACAGCCAGGAUCUUCUCCUGAAAAAGUCAACUGCAGCUACCAUCACCUUGCACCUGUCUCUGUCCUAAGAAGAAAGCUGAAUGCCACUCUUGAAGUGAGCAGCAUUUCUGAGUUUCAGAGUCACCCACACAACUUGCUCCCCGGUAUUUUCAGUGCAUUUCUCUUGGUUCUUUAUGGAAUUUUGGUGAGUAAAAGCAGAUGUGUAGAUUGUCACGAGAAAAAGAAUCCAGGUUUUAUUUUUCUGGAAGAAGAUACACUGCCUGGCUACCAGCUGUAUGCAGUUGUCAUCGACACUGGCUUCCGGUCACCAGUCAGAUUUACCUCAAAGGUUUUCAUUGUUCUAUGUGGUGAAAAUGGAUGCUCAGAAACGAAAGAACUCUGCUGUCCAGAGAAGCCCUUAUUUGGAAGAAAUUCCAGGCACACCUUCAUUCUGAGCAUACCUAACCAACUGGGUCCACUCCAGAAGAUCCGCCUCUGGCACGACAGUAGUGGACCUUGCCCAUGCUGGUUCAUCAGCCACGUGAUGGUGAAGGAGCUAUGCUCAGGACAAGCCUGGUUCUUCUCUGCUCAGUGCUGGCUGGCGGUGAGCAAAUUGGGUGGCCGUGUCUUACGAGAAUUCUUCUGCCUGAGCCAUGGUCUUGGUUUCUGGAAGCUUUUCUAUUCAAAGUUCACUGAGUACCUGGAGGAUUUCCACAUCUGGCUCUCACUGUACAGUCAGCCCCCAUCCAGAAGCUACCUACACACACAGCGGCUUGCCGUGUCCUUCUGCCUGCUGUGUGUCUACUCGUGCCUCACUGCCCUGGUCACUGUGCGAGACCAUCAACAGCACCCCCUGGAUGUGGAGCCCACGGCUAUCACUCUGGAACCCUUCUGUAUGGCUCUGCUGUGCACCCUCCUGGCCUGUCCAGUUGCACAGCUUCUGUCACUGCUCUUCAGGUGCAGCAAGGAAGCCAGAGGGCAUCUGCAGGCUUCAACACAGUGGCCUCUAAGAGGAGUGAAGACAGAGACACCUCAGGGCCAUGAUUCCAGUGGGAGACCAGAUUCAAGGCAGCCCUCACCACAUCCCACAUCAGACCUUCUCCCCUGGACUGAGCAAGCUCGGAGGAUAGCAGCUAGCAGCAGUGGUGUGGUCUGGUCACCGUUCCCAAUGGAGGCCUGCAGCGAUAAGCAUCAUGAUCUGAGAGAGAAGAGCCAUUACUCUCCUCCCAGUGCACAAGCUCCUGGCAGUGGUUUUGAAGAACUUGGGUCCCAGAAGUCAAGGGUCUGUCUGCUCUGGUCAAGCUCUGUGGCCUGGGCUAUCUCUGGAUCAGCUUCCCUGGCCUGUGGUUUGGGGACAGGAUUCCUAGGCUACAGGUUUGUGCCAGUACAGUGUAUGUGGUGGCUAUACCUGCUGCUUCUCUCUCUGGUCUGCUGCGCAUUCAUCACCCAGCCACUCAUGAUCUGCUUGGCAGCACUUGUCUUUGCUUGGAAACGGAAACAUGACAACGAGUUUUUUACUGAGUCUUUACAAGAUGCGACCAAGGGUCUGGAUUUAGAAUUGGAAGAACAUUCCAGAACCCGUGUUCCUCUUUCUCCUAUCUCCUAUAGUCCUGACACUGCCGAGGAGGCUGAAAGGGUCUUGGCUACCCGACAACGAGAACGCCACCUGCGCUGGGCUCAGACACCAUCCAGGGCUAAGCUCAGAGUGACCAGGGAGAGACUGAGGAGAGAGAGCAUCAUGCAGGCAGCCCUGAGAGACAUGACCAUGCACAGCAUCAUGCUACUGUUGCUUUUGUUUAUAGCAUAUGGGAGAUUCUGCCCAGGUGAAUAUUCUCUCAAUCAUGCCAUCAGGAAAGCAUUUAUAAGAAAGGCCAAUCACUCCUUGGGGGACCUCAGCAGCACAGAAGACUGGUGGGACUGGACGCUGAGCACACUGCUACAUGAGCUGUACCCAGAAAGAACAUCUGCUAGAGCCUGGGGGGCUCAGCCUGGAGCUCUUGGAGGGCAAUGCCACCUAAUAGGCCCCCUGGUGGUCAAACAGCUGAAGAUUUCUGCUGGCACUGCAUGUAUGCCUCCCAGACCAUUCUCAGAGCUUGUGGAAGAUGUACUUCCUAUGCACAGCAAUGACCUUGACCUUGAGAACCGAAAUGUGUCCCCUGGUAGUCCUGAGACCUGUGGUGUGAAGAAAGAGAGCUACAUGCAUAGCCUAGGAAGAACAAGACAUGAAGCCCAUGCAGCUCUGACUGCCCUCAGGGCUAGCAAGUGGAUCGACCACAGCACAAGGGCCAUGUCUGUGCACUUCACUCUCUACAACCCUCCAACACGACUCUUCACAAGCGUGAUCCUGGGCACAGAAUGUCUCCCCUCAGGAGGUCUUGUCCCCUCAUUCCUGGUAGAGUCCGUCCGUAUCUUCUACAGUGACUCAGCCCUAAAGUACCUUCUUAUGCUUUCUGAGCUGCUGUUCCUGGUAUUCAACAUGAUCCACCUCUGUUUCCAGCUCUGGGGGAUGACAACCAAGGGCAUCCUCAGCUACUGGAGAAAACCAAGACACUGGCUGGAGCUCUCUAUGGUUGGAGUAGCACUGGCCUACUAUGCAGCCUCUGGUCACCUCACUACUCUUGCUGCGAAUAUCACCGACCAGUUCCACAAAGGACUUUAUCAGAGGCUUGUGGACAUCAGCCUGAUAGUGUCAUGGCAUCAGAGGGCACGAUGCCUCCAAGGAAUCCUCUUGUUCCUCUGGAUGUUGAAAUAUGUUCAUCUUCUCAGCUCUCUAAGCACCAUGACACCCUUCUCGGCAGUGACCUGUUUUCCUCUCUUCAGAGUCCUGCUGGUGGGGGCCCUAUUGCUGGCUGCCCAUUACCACUCGCGCUGGUUUCUGCUCUUCACUGGGACACUGUCACGUGGCACCUCGACAGAAGCAUUCCCUGGGCUACUGCUUCGAUUUCCUGCAAGAAGUAAAAAAGACUCAUGGCACAGCUGUUUGAAGUCUGACCACGGAGCUAUGCAUUGUUACUAUGGGACCCUCUUUCUGUUGCUGGCUACUCUGGGUUUCAGAAUGUUGAGAGCUACCUUCCUGACUGUUUUCCAAAACAGAAAGUCUUCUCACAGAAAAUCUCUCGUGACACUUAAAGACAUUGCUGUUUACACAUGGCAUAAAGUCCUCACCCUUCUGGGGCUGGAAACAACUUUGGAAGAGACUGAAGUGGCUACAGACCACAUUUAUUACCUGGAUGAAUUUUCAAGUCUCUUGGAUGAACUUCUGAUGAAGAUCGAUGGUUUGUCUGACAGCCUAGAAUUUUCUAUCCUAGAAAACCAAUGGAGGAGAGCACUGGAGUCAAGGGCAGGUGACAGUCCUCCAGUUGGCAUUUCAGAGUACCAAGCUACUGGGGUAGAAAACCCGGGGCUGAGAGAUGAUGAAAGCCACAGACUAAAGGGAUGUGCACAGGAGACCAGGAACUCAAAUAGUGCUCAAGCAGAGGAGACCUGA